GCCCGGGUCGCCCCGGCGCGAGGCACCGAGGCGGGGAUCGGGCGGGCAGAACGCGCCUAGAACCCGCGCCCACCUCGGCGCCUUUGCGCUCCGCAGCGGCUCGCCUCGGCCCGCGCCCCCGUCCGUCCUGCCAGAAGAUGGUCAACGACCGGUGGAAGACCGUGGGCACCGCUCCUCAACUUGAGGACCGGCCUCGCGACAAACCUCAGCGGCCGAGCUGCGGCUAUGUGGUGUGCACGGUGCUGCUGUCCCUGGCCGUGCUGCUGGCCGUGGCUGUCACCGGCACGGUGCUCUUCCUGAACCACGCCCACGCGCCCGGCACGGCGCCCCCGCCCAUCGUCAGCACAGGGCCGGCCGGUGCCAACGGCGCCCUGGUCACCGUGGAGAGAGCCGACAGCUCACGCCUCAGCAUCCUCAUCGACCCGCGCUGCCCCGACCUCACUGAAGGCUUCGCCCACCUGGAGGACACCCAGGCCUCCGUGCUGCAGGCGCUGACCGCGCGCCAGGCCCAGCCCUGGCUGGCGGGCGAGCAGGACAGGGAGCUGCUGGACACGCUGGCCGACCAGCUGCCCCGGCUGCUGGCCCGGGCCUCAGAGCUGCAGGCGGAGUGCGCCGGGCUGCGGAAGGGCCACGGCACGCUGGGCCAGGGGCUCGGCGCCCUGCAGAGCGAGCAGGCCCGCCUCAUCCAGCUUCUGUCGGAGAGCCAGGGCCACAUGGCUCACCUGGUGAACUUGGUCAGCGACGUCCUGGACACCCUGCACAGGGACCGGGGGCUGAGCCGGCCCCGAGUCAAGGCUGACCUGCAGAGGGCGCCGGCCAGGGGGUCGCGGCCCCGGGGCUGUGCCAACGGCUCUCGGCCCCGUGACUGCCUGGACGUGCUCCUGAGCGGCCGGCAGGAGGACGGGGUGUACUCUGUCUUCCCCACACACGACCCUGCCGGCUUCCAGGUGUACUGCGACAUGCGCACGGAUGGUGGCGGCUGGACGGUGUUUCAGCGGCGGGAGGACGGCUCGGUGAACUUCUUCCGAGGCUGGGAGGCGUACCGGGACGGCUUCGGCAAGCUCACCGGGGAGCACUGGCUAGGGCUCAAGAGGCUCCACGUGCUGACGGCGCAGGCGGCCUACGAGCUGCGCGUGGACCUGGAGGACUUCGACAACGGCACGGCGCACGCCCACUACGGGAGCUUCGGCGUGGGCUUGUUCUCUGUGGACCCGGAGGAGGACGGGUUCCCGCUCACGGUGGCCGACUACUCGGGCACUGCAGGGGACUCCCUCCUGAAGCACAGCGGCAUGAGGUUCACCACCAAGGACCGCGACAGCGACCACUCCGAGAACAACUGCGCCGCCUUCUACCGCGGCGCCUGGUGGUACCGCAACUGCCACACGUCCAACCUCAACGGGCAGUACCUGCGCGGCGCGCACACCUCCUACGCCGACGGCGUCGAGUGGUCCUCCUGGACCGGCUGGCAGUACUCGCUCAAGUUCUCCGAGAUGAAGAUCCGGCCGGUGCGUGAGGACCGCUAGUCUGGCCCCGCGCACCGGCCGCCCGCGCCGCCCGCCCUCCGCUCCCCACCCCAGCCGCUCCCGCCUGUCGCCUGCCCGUCCGCAUCUGGCUGACCUGCUGUUGCGUCGCCGGGGUGCACCAGGCCCACCCCAAUACUAAGCACCCUGGGCAGAUGAGGUUGCAUGUCACCUUCACACUGUCCCCAGUCCCCAAUUUGCCUCUGAUGGGGGGCGGGGCAAACGCCCCCAAAUUCUACCAGCCCAGACUUUGGCUUCUGGGUUGUCUUCUCCUGGCCGGAAGUCGGCCCCAGCUCCCCGCAGCACCCUGCGCUCUGCCAGCCCAAGCAGCUGGCGUUAUGGGGGCAUGUGGAAGAGGGGACAGCACCCUGGAGCCCCCCUAGCAGACUGAGUUAGGUCUGAAGCCAGCCUCCUCUGGUCCUCCGGGCACCCCCCUCCUUGUUUCCACCGUGCCUGGAGACCCCACCUCUCCCCAAGAGCCCUGGGAGCAGCCAGCGCUGAGGGCCACUGUGGCCAGGGGCUGGCACCACCCCACCAGGCCUUGGGCCAGGCUGCAGCUCAUCGCCUGCUGGGACGCAUGCCCCAAGGUGGGCUGGUUCCUCAAAGUCCCUCCCUCCACCCAGUGUCCCCUCGGGCCUGGGAGGUCCCCGGUGCCCUUGGCUGCUGUGCCCAGCCCCCUUCGUUCUCCUGCCUGCGGGAGGAGGGGACAGACCCCAAACCACUGGUCUGGGCCCAGCCAGGGAGGACCUCUUGAUUCUCUGGGCAGCUCGGGGCUUGCUGCACCCCCAAUUUCCAGAACCCCAAGACUUCCUUGGGGCAGGCCUGGAGGGUGGAGGCCAGGCCUGGGGAGUUCGGUGGCCAUCACCCCCGUGUCAGCCCGGAGACCGCCGCUCAGCGCAAAGGCUGGCCCCUGGCAGCGACCGUUCAUGCUGCCACCUUGGGUCAGGGGUUCACGCAGCCAGUGGAGGAGACGGGCCCCAGCCCGGCACUCAGAGACACUUUCUCACUGAGGCCCCCAAUGCCCAGGGCACCCUUGGUGCACCCCCUCCCCCAACAAGAACUGCAGGAUCCAGGGUCAGUGGCUGGGAAAGGCAGGGCUGCGAGCCCUGACCUUCACCUUCUGCUCAACGACCUUGGGCCCCUGAUGCAUUUGCUGUCAGAACCAAGUUCAGCGCUGCUUUGCCAAGUCCCUACCUGUGGGUUUGCAACGGGGUCUGUGGGGGCCCAGAAGUCAGUGGGGGAGCUGCCCAGAGCGUGGGCAGCACCGGUGACCCCCCUCCAGCUGGACACCCGAAGGCAGGCAUGUGGGGAGAGGGGCUCCGCUUUCCCACCCCUCCCGCCAGAGUGUGUGUGUUGGCAACACACCGGAGUUGGCUGGGGUGGCAGGAAAGGCCUGGAGGGCCGCCGACUCGCCCCGUGACCCGGCCAGUCCCCUCCAGCCCCACCUGGUCGUGGGCGCUCGGCAGAGAUUUGUGGGACAUCUGCCUGCCCCGGGCGGCUCGACCAGACCAAGUCCCCGCCCUCUCGGCACUCAGCUCCAAGCGGAGAUGGCCCAGGAACGGGCGCGUGCAGCCCAGGGCGCCCAGGGCAGCGACGGGAGCAGCCCAGGUGCAGGCAGGACGGCGGGGCAGGGGGUGUGGGGUGGCUGCACCUGGUCAGCCCCGGGCUGGAGCUGCCAGCCCUGCAGAGCCAGCUGCCGCUCAGGACGUGCCCGGCGCUUUCUGCUCUGCCAUCAAACGCACUCCCGGUGACUGUGACAUUCCGGGGGCCCAGCGGCCCGUGCCAGGGCUUGGAAGAGGAGCAGACGUGCCUCAGCUGGGGCCUAACGGGGACAGGUGAGGACGGCCUUCAGGGGCCUGCGGUCAGCAUCCGGCCAGCCUGGGGACACCCAUCUCCUGCUUGAGAGCACCCAGUUCCACUCCCAGCCCAGGCCCGGCACCAGCAGGGGACCAGGCCGGACCCAACGCCGGCUGAAUGAGCAUCACGGUGGGGAUGGCCAGGCUGGCCCCCCCCCCCCCCCCCCUCACCGGGGCUGGUGCUGAGCACAGGUGGAUGCCGCAUGCAGGAGGCUGCUGGGAGCCAGGCAGGCCCCCGCGCCGCGACGUCCACCACACCAGACGGGAGUGGCCGCAGGAAGAAGGGGAUGCUGGGAGAGCCUGUGGAGAGGGGCGGCCCCACCGAGUCCCGAGGGGUGACAGACGUGCAAAAGGUCACCCGGGACCACAGGCUCCUGCACUGGAACCCUGACCCACGGGCCCAGCCUGAUGCUGCGGGUGCCUGUGGCCCCGCCCCCCACGCCAGCCGACCGCCCCGCCUCCUCCAAUGAGAGGGGCCUGCAGGAGGGGCGGUGCCCACACCGCAACAUUGGACAGUGCAUGUAACCCCCACCGCGCCGCCCCCACCCCCGCCCCUCCAAGUUCCUCUCCACGAGCACAGGCAGGUUCCGAGGAAUCAGCCGGGGCCUCGGGCCUUGCCUCCCAAACUUGGACGUGUCUCCAAGUCCAGCCACCUGGCUGGCCACCUGAGACCCCCGAGUCCAGAGGACAGACAGACCUGGUGCCCCCCAGCUCCCCAGGACCUCGGCAGUCAGGACAGAGCAGCAGGCAACCCUCAAGUGCGGCUGCGUCUGCAGCCACAUGUAAACAGGCUUCGUGUUUGCCUUGGGGCAGAAGCCCUGGCGCCAGCCAGCGCCCACCUCCUCCUGGCCCCGCCUCCCACACUGCCACUCACCCUCCCAGGCCCUCAGGUGCGGGGGGGGGGGGGGGGGGGGGCUGCAGAC